UAAACAACAUCUUAAACCGGACGGCACGCGCCAAGUUUCUCUCUCAUUUUACAGUGAAUUUUCAUUAUUUAAUCGUGUGUUUAAUUCAUUCCUCGUGAAAAAUCGUCAUUUAAUAUAAUCGUGAGUGAUAUUCUUGUUAUUAAAAAACGUAAUAUAACGAGUGAUUGUUUUUUUUCGGCGAGGGAAUCCUGCACUUGGGAUAAACAUGUCCCGGAAGGUGCGCAGUUGUUGAUUGCGCAUCUCAUUGCGUCUCAAUUUGAGGGGGGAAUGGCGUGGUAAACAACUUGUGCGCGAAUCGUGAAAACACCGAUUUUCUUGUUUGCGAUUACGGGCAUCGUGUGUUAGUGCGCGUAACGUGUGUUACUUGCCGGUUUUGAACCUCGACCUCGUUGUAAUAGAGUGCCGCGGCUAUAAACAUGAAUUCUUUUGAAAAAAAAGAGUGGUGAUCUGAUGUAAUGGUGUUUUUGUCACACACUGAGGUUAUGACACAUCCUAUUCGCGUUAAUCUUGACGGAGAGUGUGAUAAUUCAUUCUCAGUAUGGAUUUAUCUAGGAGGAUUUUCUACGUCAAGAUUCAUGAUGUAGUUUUCAAAGUGCCUCGCGAAGGAGUUGAUUCCCAAAAAAAUGAAGAACCAUGAUCAUUAGCCAAUGAUUAUGGAAUUGCAGUGUCGAUUUUCGUGUCGGGCAUAAUCGGAGCCCAAAACGAUGCGAUUCUCCCAAAACAAAAAAAAAAUGAAGAAUGGAGUCUUGAAAAUUUUUUUCGAGUGAAACUCGCGAAUCAAAAGACGACAAUUGUAAUAUAUAAAUAAAUCUCAUCUUUCAUCACAAAAAGAUGAAUUUAAACGAUUCAAUGAUCUCUUCGGCGAGAUCCGCUGAUGAGAUUAAGGAUCGUUGCUGCUACUGUCCUGGUGCUUUCGACUCAUCAUCAUCAUCAUCAUCAUUAUCAUUAUCAUCAUUAUCGUCUCAGGAUUGCAAAAUAGCGGAAACAUUUUGUAAAGCCUGUCAACGACUCCAUAGUUUGCCAAUGGAGUCUAUUGAAAAAGACUGUUGUUCUUGUUGUUGUUGUUGUUGUUGUAAGUGCCUGGACAAGAAUCGGUUCAGACGUCGAAAUAAUUGUGUGUCGAGGACUAACGUCAUUGAAAGUGUUAAGGGACAUCGAUGUCGAAGUUGUGUGAACGAGGGUCGUUGUUUAAGGUGUGUUUCAAGUGUUGUGAGAUGGACCAGUGCCAAGAAAACUGUGCGAAGACUCAUUUGGCUGAUUGUUCCAUUAUUGUUGUUGCUGACCUUCGUUUCGCCAAGUAUCGCUAAACUUCAGAAAUCGAGUGGAAGAAUCAAUAAGUCCGGUGUGUGCCAAAGCAUAGACAUACGCAAUUCAGUUAGCGAGUUCAGCAGACUUCAAGGUUGUCGAGUCGUCGAAGGAUUUGUUCAAAUUUUACUGAUCGAUCAUGCGAACGACUCUGCCUUUUCGAAUCUUACGUUUCCAGAUCUUGUCGAAAUCACGGAAUAUCUCGUACUUUACAGGGUGAACGGUCUACGAAGUGUUGGUCGACUUUUUCCAAAUUUAACCGUGAUCCGUGGCAAUUCAUUAUUUAUCAAUUAUGCACUGGUGACUUUUGAGAUGAUGCACCUCCAGGAAAUCGGUCUACAUUCCUUAACCGAUAUUUUAAGAGGCUCCGUUCGUUUCGAGAAGAAUCCUGCACUUUGUUACACUAACACUAUCGACUGGGAUAUCAUUGCCAAGAAUGGAAAAGGAGAGCACGUUAUUUCGGGAAACAAACCGAGAAACGGUUGUCCAAUUUGUGAAAAAGGCUGUCCAAAAAGAGAGACGAACAAGAAUGAGCAUUUAUGCUGGAACAAAGAACACUGCCAAAAAAUAUGUGAUACAUGCGAUGGAAGAACAUGCACAUUAUCCGGUGAAUGUUGUAAUCGAUCAUGUCUUGGCGGUUGUUCUGCAUCGACUGCCAGUAAUUGUACAGUUUGCAAAAAUGUCAUGAUUGGAAAUACGUGUGUGGAUCGUUGUCCAGAAUCCACCUAUGCAUUCAUGAAUUAUAAAUGUAUUACUGAGAAUGAAUGUCGAACUAUGAAGAAACCACGUGAGGCAUUAAAUGUUCACAAAGACUAUCCAUAUAAACCAUUUCAAAAUAUUUGUCGAAUGGAUUGUCCCGUUGGCUAUAUGGAUGAUGAAUCAAAUAAUUUGACAACAUGCAAAAAAUGUAAUGGCCCAUGUCAAAAAGAAUGUGGCGGUGCAAAUAUUGAUAGUAUUGCAUCAGCGCAAAGAUUACGUGGUUGUACACAUAUUACCGGUAGUUUGGAAAUUCAAAUAAGAGGUGGAAAAAAUAUUGUCAAAGAAAUGGAGGAUAGUCUCAGUAUGAUUGAAGAAAUUGAUGGUUAUUUAAAAGUUGUGCGAAGUUUUCCUUUAAUUUCAUUGAAUUUUUUGAAAAAUUUAAAAAUUAUACGCGGCAAAUAUGUUGAUAAUAAUGAAAAAUCAUUAAUUGUUCUUGAUAAUCAAAAUCUUCAAGAACUUUGGGAUUGGAGUUCAAAUAAAACAAUUAAAAUUCUUCAUAGGAACAAUCGACCGGGAAAGGUGUUUUUUCAUUUUAAUCCAAAACUUUGUUUGCAAAAAAUUGAAAAACUUCGUGAGGUUGCACAGUUGGAGCCAUUCACUGAGGUGGAAGUUGCGCCAAAUAGCAAUGGUGAUAAAAACGCCUGUAACGUGACAUUGCUUCAAGUGAAAAUUGAUAAAAAAGCAUCUAAUGCGGCUUUGAUUAUUUGGGCGCCAUUUGAACAUCACGAUCCACGUUCAUUAUUGGGCUAUGUUGUGUAUUUUAUUGAAGCACCAUUUCAAAAUGUCACCAUGUAUGAUGGAAGAGAUGCAUGCGGUGGCGAUGGUUGGAAAGUUGAUGAUGUUUCACCAACAGAAACUUAUUCGCCUGGAUUUAAAAAUAAUACUGAUGUUAAACAAUUUUUAACACAUAUUUUAACAAAAUUAAAACCAUAUACACAAUAUGCAUUUUAUAUAAAGACAUAUACUAUUGCCACUGAACGUUCAGGUGCACAAAGUGAAAUUACUUAUUUUACAACACUACCCGGUGCUCCGAGUGUACCACAAAAACUUUCGACUUACAGUAAUGACAGUGAUGUUUUAAUUAUGACUUGGCAUCCACCAGCUGAGAGAAAUGGAAAUUUAACUCAUUAUCGUAUUGUCGGUCGAUAUGAACCAGACGAUUCACAUUUUCUCGAACAACGAAAUUACUGCGAGGAACCAUUAUCAGCACCUGAGAAAAGACCAGCAAAGGCAAUUUUAAUUGAUGAGGAGAAUAAAAAAGUUGAGGCUGAUAAACAAAGUGUCACUGAACCAGAAACUGAUGUUUGUGAUUGUUCAAGUCGUGAAGUUGAUUCUUCAACACGGGAAAAAGAUGCCACGAGUUCUAUUGCUUUUGAAGAUGCUUUACAUAAUCAGGUUUAUGUUAAAAGGCCAACAUCACGUAGACGACGUGACGUAAGUGAAGUAAUUAUGACUGAAGAAAUUUCAUUUCAAAAACGCGAUGUUUCCAGCGAAAAUAAGGACAAAGAAGCGGGACAAAGAGGAACGAAGAAAUCGUCAAAAGAUGGGAAUAUAAAAAAUUAUACGACACUUAAGGAGGAACCAAUACCACCUGAUGAAAUGGAAGAUGGAAAAAUACUGAAAUUCGAGAGGAGAAUUCCAACAACCAAUUAUACCACCGGUCCUAUUACAUUUGUGAUAAGUGGACUGAGGCAUUUUACUGUUUAUAAUAUUGAAAUUCAAGCAUGCCGUGAAAUAACAUCAAACGACAGAUCAAUAAAUGAUUAUUGUUCAACUAAAAGCAUGAAGACUUAUCGAACAAUGGCACUGGAUUGCGCUGAUGAUAUUCCAGCGGAUUCAUUUAAAGUAACUUCAACAACAAACAAAGACAAUGCUAGUCUUCCAUCGCCUGAAGUUAAACUCGAAUGGAACGAGCCACAAAAGCCUAAUGGUCUUAUUGUCACCUAUCAAGUUGAAUACAAAAAUCGCGAUAUACAAAACAUAAAACCAACGACAAUUUGUUUAACGAGAAAAGAUUUUAUUCGCAAUAAAUUUUAUACAUUAAAAGAUCUUCCGGCUGGUAAUUAUACAAUAAAAGCACGUGCAGUGAGUUUAGCUGGAUAUGGAAAUUAUACACAUGAAAAAAUUGUCUAUAUAAAUGAAUAUAAUUAUGGAAAAUUUUGGAUUAUAUUUACAAUUAUAUUAAUAAUUGUAAUUAUGAGUUUAUCGGGAUGUUCUGUUUAUGCAUGUAGAAGAAAAAUGCGUAAUGUUCCAAGUAUGAGAUUAAUAGCGACUGUCAAUCCAGAAUAUGUGAGUACUGUUUACAUUCCUGAUGAAUGGGAAAUUCCAAGGGAGAAAGUUCAACUUGAAGUAACUAAACCAAUUGGUAAUGGAUCAUUUGGAAUGGUACACGAGGGAAAAGCUUUCGAUGUUGUUAAAGGAAAGCAUGAGGUACGUUGCGCUAUCAAGACUGUCAAUGAUAAAGCAACCGAUCGUGAACGUAUCGAGUUUCUUAAUGAAGCCUCAGUAAUGAAGGCUUUUAAUACUCAUCAUGUUGUGAAAUUAUUGGGAGUUGUUUCACGUGGACUACCAACAUGGGUUGUUAUGGAGUUGAUGGUAAAUGGGGAUUUAAAGGAAUAUUUGAGAAAUCAUCGACCGGAUGCGUGUGAAGAUCCAACCGUUAAGCCACCAACAUUAAAAAGAAUUCUAAGAAUGGCUAUUGAGAUUGCCGAUGGUAUGGCUUAUCUUUCGGCUAAAAAAUUCGUGCAUCGUGAUUUGGCUGCGCGCAAUUGUAUGGUUGCUGAAGAUUUGACGGUGAAAAUUGGCGAUUUUGGAAUGACACGUGAUAUUUAUGAAACCGAUUAUUAUCGAAAAGGAACAAAGGGUCUUUUACCUGUGAGAUGGAUGGCACCAGAGAGUUUAAAAGAUGGAGUAUUUACAAGUUUCUCGGACGUUUGGAGUUAUGGUGUUGUUUUAUGGGAAAUGGUUACACUUGCUUUGCAACCUUAUCAAGGUUUAUCCAAUGAUCAGACUCUGCGUUAUGUAAUUGAUGGUGGAGUUAUGGAAAAGCCGGAAAAUUGUCCGAAAUUUCUUUAUCAAUUAAUGAGAAGAACGUGGUGUUAUAAAUCAAAUGGACGUCCGACGUUUAUUGAUAUUGUCAAAGUUUUUUUAUAUUUUACGGAAGAGGAUUUUCAUGAUGUUAGUUUUUUUCAUUCACCUGAAGGCGCUGAUGCAGUGGCUCAUAAUGCUUCCGUUUCCUCGUACACUGAAGAUGACAUCAAAGAGAUACUCAAAGAGAUAUUAGAAGGGGAGGAAAUAAUUGAUGGUGAAGAUUCUCCUCUACGUCAAGAUUUCGGUGAUUUUGGUGAUUUUGCUGAUUUUAUGCCACUCAGUUUGAAGAGAAAUUCAUCACCAAGAUAUGCAUUAGAUCUUUAUAGUAAUGGUUCGAAAUUUUCAAAUUUUCACGAUUAUAAUUCAGCGAAAGUACCACAAAAAGCUGGUUUCGAUGAUUUCGAUGGUGUUUCAGUUGAAUCAAAUGAAGCAUCAAGUAAAGAUACAUUAAAUUUACCAUUCGCUGAAGAUAGUGUUAAAUCAGUCAAGAGUUCACCGUUCGCACAAAACAAGAGUUUAUCGCGUGAAAGUUUAAGCGGUGAAUCGUCAUUGGCAAAAUCCGUAAGUCCACAAAAUUCGGCACAAAAAUCAUUUAUCGACAGUCCAAGUCCAUCGAAAAUAUCACGUGCCGAUCCCGAUUAUGAAAAUCGUAGUCCCGAAAUAAUUGCGUUAAAUACAAAAAUUGAAAAAGCACCAUUACGCAUGAAUUUUUCAUCAUUAAAUACAAUUGAUAUUGAGACAAAUGAUAAUAAUGAUAAGGAGAAAAAACGUCAAUCAGAUUAUAGAAAUCGAACGGAAACAUUAAAUAACGGAUAUAUCGGUAACGCGACCACGUAGUUUAUUUUUGAGAAAAAAAAAAAAAUUGCCCACAUUACAAGGUCAACGUUCAACUUUACAAGGUAAAUAUAAAUGUGCUUUGGGCAUGAAAACAUUUUUUUUUUUACAAAAAAAACAGAAAUCCCUCCUUUAUGUAUAUAAGGGAUGAUUUCAUUUUUUUUUUUUUUUUGUUUUUUUACGCGAAUGGAGAAGAAUGAAAGUUUUUAAAAGAAAAAUAAUAAUAACACUAAUCUAAGCUACAAACGUAAGGUACAUUUUACACUUUUUAGAUGUAAAAGCGAUUUAAUCGAAUGGUAAAAUUUCGAUUGACAUAUUAAAGAUUCGAUAUUCCUUAUAUUCCAUAUACGGGUGUAGAAAAAAUGCGUCUUAAUUCCGUCUCCCUGAUUAGAGUUUAAAAGUAAACGAGAAGAAAAAAAAAAAAGAAAACUUUGCUGCGUGUGUACAGAUCUUUUUUUUUUUAAUCUCGCGUGUCCACGAAAAAAAAAAAAAUUAUUGCAAAUUAUAAUCGCGGAAACUCGUACCAAAUACCUACACAAUUUAUUAUCAAAGUCGAGUAUCAAGUGUGUGGACAGUAUUAUAAAAUAUGCAUGUUGUGGCAACCAUCUUGACCUAUCUAGUAUUUAAGUCAAUAUCAAAGAUUGAACUUGAUUAAUUAUUUGUAAUAUAAAAAAAAAAAAACUAAAUAUUUAACUGAAACACAUCUCCGGCUUCCCAGACGCGAUACUCGUCGCUCGAACCCUUCAAAAAAGGAAAGAAAUAUAAAAUUCAAAAUGAUUAUUUACAUUUUUUUUUGAAAUUUUUUUGUUUUUUUUUACUAAAAUCGAAGAAUGGAAAAAAGUUGUAAUCAAUUACUCGUUUUAUUUUUAAGUAAUAAUUGAAUAUUUAAUUAAUCGAUUAUUAAUUGAAUAUUUAAUUAUUGUUUGAUUAAUUAAUAAUUUGUUUACUUGAAUUAUUAAUUAGGAAAUUAUCAAUCUAAAUUAAUAAUUGGUCAAUCAAAAUAUGAAUUGAGUAAUAUUAAGUGAUUAAUGAAAUAAUUACAAUCACUGGCGAAAUUGUAAAUUAAUUAAUUAAUUGAUUUUAAAUUAAUAAUCAAUUUAAUUAAUUAAUUAAUUGCAGCGACCUUAUAGUACCCGGAGGUGGUUCAGAACGUUUCUAGUAACUAAAAAAACUAUUUAUUUGAAUUCUAAUUUUGAAUUUAAAUUUGUUUUUCGAUUUUAUAAAAUAACAUUCUUACGGCACUUUAUGUACGAACGAUUUUAAAAAAAAGCGUUUUCUGAACCAUCUUGCACAGAACUGUGUCCUCGCAUGCGAAUGAAUUUGAGAAGUAUGGUGCUUUUUGAAAUUGGCGUGUUCAAUAUAUUUUUUUUUUUUUUGUUACGAGAAUUAGAAGUCGUCCGAGAGUUUCAAGUCGGCAAUACUAUACGAGAGAUGUUUUUACCACCAAAUGUGUUUAAAGAGCACCUUGCUUUAUUUAGCUUCUUCAAUAUACUUAUAUAGAAACUAUUUAUCAGACAAGCCCUCAACAUUCGUCAUUCAGCGAUUGCUUUUAUUUAUUACAUUUUUUUUUUAUAUUCUCAAUUUCUAACUUUCAAUUUAAAUUGAAAGAUUGCAUUUUUUUUCUCUAGAAAUAUAAUUAAUUAUAUAAAUUAAUAAUUUAAUUUACAUAAUUUUUCGAAUAUUUCUAUUUUUAAAGUAGUUUUCCAAUUUUUUAAAUUCUAAAUAUUAUUUUUUUAAAUAAAUAAAAUUUUAUUUUCUCAUUUACUGUAAAUAGAAGAAAAAAAAAAGUGUAAUGAAGUUGAAAGCAAUAUUAUAUUUGUAACUGAAACUUGAGCAGUUUCGAAAUCGAACAAAGGUUCAAGUGUAUACAAUGAGGUGGGCUUAUCGCAAAAUCAAACUAUGUAAAAUAUCUGUCUGUGUAUAUCCAUACUGUUUCUUGGAGCCAAUGGGUACAAACCGAGUAAUUCUCCGCGUAAAAUAAAAGGCUCGCUUUAAAAAAAAAAAAAAAAGAGUCUUACAAAGAAUUUCCAUUCGUAAUAAACAGAGAUAGAGAAUUUUUUUUUUUCUACUAUAUGUAUAAUAUUAAGUGGCAGAAUGCGGUGAAAUAUUAAGAAAAGAAAAAUAAAAAAAAAGAAAAAAUUAAUUAUAUAAUACUUGGUGCUACGAUCGGAUUUUGUCCCUUGCUCCAGGAAGUCAGGUUCAAAGUUCAGAGGCAUAUUAUGCUUUCAUGUAGAGGAGAGAACGUAGACUGUCUUAGCCCAGUGAGAGCCAAGAUUGAUGACGGAUGAAAAGGUCGAUCCCCCACCCUUGAAAGCUGUUUAUAAAAGAAAAAUUAAAAAACAAAAAAAAAAAAAAGAGAAAAAAAAACCUAAGAAUUUUCAAACGAAUUUCAAAGCGACGAAGAAAAAAAAAAUGGAUAAUAUGCGCGAGCAACGCAAAUUCAGUUGAAACUAGACAUAAUGAGCCUCAAAUACAAGACUGAUUAGCUAAUCCUCUUUAUAAACUCGUAAUCUCCCACUAAGUUAAAGUUAUUUAAAAAAAAAAACAAUAUAGUAGAAAGUUCCAUAUUUUAUUCUCGAUGGCUAUCCUUUUUGUUUAUUUUUCUGCUAAAUAACCGCUUAAAGUAUAAUUAGUUAAGUAAUUAUAUUAAGGACCGAAAUACCAGUGACCUAAUAUACAGAGAACCUAUUUUAUUUGCAAUGCUUUACAUUAGAUGACCUCGUACCUAUGUUUUUAUAUAUAAAAAAAAAAAAAAAAAAACAACUAAAAUCAGUGAAAGUCGUACAGAUUUAUAUAUUUAAGUUUGUUAAUAGAUAACGAAAACUAGAAAAUAAUGUACACAGUCCUUUUUUUCUAAUCUUGUCAAAAAUUUACAAUUUUUUUUUAAAAAUAAAUUACCGAAAAUUAAAAUUGUGAAAAAUCUUUUUUUAAUAAAGAAAUUUAUAUUUAUUUUUAGUAACAGAUAUUUAAGUACUUUUCUAAUAAUUAUAUAGUAUUUAUUAGACUAAAUAUUUUUAAAAUAUUUUUGUCAAAUAAUAAUUUUUUAUACAAAUAUUUGUUGAUAAAAAUGUUAAAUGUUUUGACAAGUGGAAAAAAAGAGGAGAAAAUAGAAAAAAAAAUUUUUUUUGUCACCUAUCAUUUUCAAGAAAAUUAUGUACUUUCAAUAAUAUUACUCGUCAAGAUACUAAAAAAUUAUUUUCAUUUUUAUUGUUAUUUAUCUAUAAAAAAAAAAAAAAUUUUAAGUAUCGUUUCUUUAUUGUUAAUCAUUUUUAUUGUAAUUAGAGUUCUAAAGGAAAAAUUGAGAAUUUCUUUUUACGUAAUGUAAAAUUUUUAUUUGUAAUUAUUAUUAAUUGAUGAAAAUUUAAUUAAGUAAUUAUUAAUUAUUAAUUAUUAAUUAUUAAUUUUUAAUUAUGAAUUAAAUAAUUAAUCUUUAAUUUAAUUUAGUAAUUAAAUAAUUGUUAAGUAAUUUACAGUUUUUUAAUUAUUAAUUCCUUUUUAGGUUUUUUUUUGUAGAUUUUCAAUUUUCUGAGAACUCUAAAAAAAAUAACUUCACUUCUAUUGACAAUCUACUUAAAGGCUUCUGUCUUUGAUUUUUUCAAACUUUUUUUUUAUAUUGUUCUGUGAAAAUAAUUUAUUAAUAAUUCAUUACAAUUAAAAAUUGAGAAAAUUUUUUUACAUUAUUGAUUUUUAAUUAUUAUUUAUUGGAAAAUUCUUGAUUAAAAUGAUAAAAAAAUUGUGGAAGCCUUUGAAAUUGUGCUUUAAGAAAAAAAAAAAACAAAUCAUUUAUGUACUUUUUUUUUAUUCAUCCAACAACGACUGUGUUAUUUUCUCUGCCGAGUUCUGAUUGUACCGCAAUUAUGAAGUAUAAAUGAUCCUUUUCUUCCGUCUCUUCGAGCAAUGGUGAUAUACAAUUUUUUUUUUUUUUUAUACAAAGAGAAGAAGAAGAAGAAAUUGAUUUACACUAAUAAGCUUGAAGCAUAUACACACUGACAGAUUCUAGUGUUAUUAUUAAAUGCCAGCAGUGUAUCAUAAAUAGAAAAAAAAAGCUCGUUCUUAUUCUCAAGUAUUCGAAAAAAUGAAUUAAGAUCUUCAUUUUUUCAAAUCUUUGCAAAUUUCUACUGUUUCUUUUUAAUAUUUAAAAAUUACAGUAAUUUUUGCAUGAAUCCAAAAAAAAAUUAUUCAUUUUUUUUUAUUGUAAAUAGUAAAAAUAAAUAAAGUUUUAUUUUAAAUAAUAAAAUUCAAACAAAAAGAUUCAUAUUUAUUUAAAUAAUAAAACUUGAAGAAAUAAAUUAAAAAUAACAAUUUUUAAUUUCUGACUUGUAAAGAUUUAAAAAUUGAAUUUCUCGAUUCACUCUUCAUUGAGACGAUCAACGCUUAGAUUAAAUUAAACAUGAAUAUAUAAAUAGAUAAAUAAAUACAGAAAAAUUAUAUUAUAUAUAUAUAUAUAUUUAAAUGUAUAUAUUUUCAACUGUAAUUGUCGCGUACAAUUAAUCAGAAAUAUGUUUCCUAUAUAAAAAAAAAAAAUGAAAAUCGCGAAUCAUGAUUAUAUAUCAGGAAAGAGAGUUUGACUCGCCGUUAUUUCGGCCUAGCAUUUUUUUGGGCUCUGUAUAAAAAAAAAAUAAUAGUACACAACUAAGAAUUAUUUGUAAGAAUAAAAAUUGUGAAUCAGAAAUUUCAUGUUUGUACGUGUGAAUGAAUGUUUCAGAGAUCGUUUCAAAAAAAAAGGAAAAGAAAGAAAGAAAAAAAAAGUUUAAAUGUUAAAAAAAAAGGGGCGCUGAAAUGAAAAAUAGUGCGGAAAUUUUUUCUGAAAAUGAAAAUAUUUUUAUCUUUAUAAAAACUUAUGAAUUUAUACGAUCACAGUAUUGAAAAAAAAAAUUUUUU